AUUGAUAAAAAAAAUAUAAGGGCCUAUAGAUAACGAUAUUGUUGGCGUUGAUAUUUAGUCUAAUCUAUGUAGGUCAGAGGCCAGGUCAUGAACGACCGUAGGAUAUGAUCAAACCUCUCGAUAUGAUUUUUAAACUGGGUGGAUAUAGUGGUUCGUGACAAACUUUAGGCUAUAGAUAUAGGCUAUGACAACAUGGAUGUUAAUCGUAACGAGAUACUGAAACCAAGACGGACACCCAAAAAAGCCAUCCGACUAAUGUUUCUGCUGACAAAACGAUUUUCAAAGGAUAUUACGAAGCUUGUGAUCCUCUUCAUAGUGCAAUUUUGUGUCAUUCUUCCACUUUUCUACUGGAACGUCCCAUGGAGUGCCUAUUUCAAAAUCAGGAAUCGAAAAACAAACUUUGAUAAAUUAGCCACAGAGCAAAAUUUUUUAAGGGUGAAUGGAGCUAAGGAAUAUUUCAAAUCUCUUGACCCAAAAUCUUCACUUCGUUGGUAUGACAACGUUUUAUAUAACCAUGGCAACGACCUUGACAUGGUGGUGGCUAUAAUAACAAUGAGUAGAAAGAAGAAACAAAAAGAUCUCGGAUACCUACUGCAAUCAACGUGGAAGAUGGAUAAAAUUGUCAAGGACCAAGAAAGGACCUCCAUUUUUACGUUUGUUUGUAACGUGGAUAAGGAUCCAAGUAAUUUCGAAGAAGCAAAUUACCUCCGCAGUUACCUCCCUUACGUGGAACGUUUUGGAGGAUCUCGACCUCACGUUGCAGACGUCCCAAUUCCUGAUACAAAUCUGACAUUCCGAAAUUAUGUUUCAAAAGACAAAGGUUAUAUUAAAGAGACUAUUGAUUAUAGUUUUUGUUUAAAAGUGGCUAAAACGAGGAAAUCUAAAUAUGUCCUGGUUCUUGAAGAUGAUGCUGUAGCUAGAGACGACUUUUUACUUAUUUUAGAUCAUAUCUUCAAAUAUCGAUUUCAACACAACAUUAAUAUGCCAUGGGCAGCAUUAAAACUCUAUUAUCCCGAGAAAUGGACUGGAUAUGCGUACGAACUCGAUCGUUUGAUUGAAUUGUGUUCGACUGGUAUCGUAGGUUCCACUAUUUUUACAUUCCUUUGUUAUUUGAUACUCGGAUUAUUCAAAACUUUCAAAAAGUUUAAUACAUAUCUAUUUUUUACCAUAGGAUUUAUUUUUACUGUUUGUUCUUGUUGUGCUAUUGGACGUCAAAAUAUUUUAGAAUUCCGUCGAUUUUUACCAUUUACAUACCAAGUGUUGCCUUCUCCAAACUGUUGUACUGUCGCCAUGUUAUACCAUUCUUCUAUUUUAGACGAGCUGAGCGAUAGCAUGUACCACAAUGCCUUUGGACAGAAAAUGAAAGCUGAUUUCGCUUUGGCAAAUUUUAUACAAAAUUCUAAAUUACCCGCUUAUAUGAUAUUUCCGUCCUUAUUCCGUCAUAUAGGUCGUAUAUCUUCCUUACCUAAACCCAACAAGGUGGCAGUGGAGUUUAUCUAAGAGUGUCUUGUUGGCAGAGUGGUUUGCCAAAAAUUUCCUGCGAACUGUACGUGUAUUUUUCUUUGAUUUCGAGUUGUUGCCCGAAAAGAUAAUAUUAGCUACUACUACACACUCCAUCCCCACCCCCACCCCCCGGCCACUACUGCCCUCCCGUCUCCAACGCCUAUGAGCGAAAUCACAGCAUACGAAGCUAGAAAGUAGAAACGUUUGGAAGGAGAGCGAUUUAUUUAGUUAUUGGCUGUAUGGUCAUAAGAUCUAAAAAUAUUGUUUUAAUUUGUUUACAAAUAGCAUAUUUAUAAAUUUAUUGAGGUUUUAUAUUUAUUUAUGGUUUUGUUAAAUAUUUACCUCUGUUAAAACUCUUGAUCAAAACCAAUUUAUCUUUUACACG